AUGUUGGGCACUAAAGAUGGCAUCAGCAUACGCUAUAUGCAGCUGGAGGAUUAUCCAAGCGUAAAGCUCUUUAUGCGUGACAAUUAUUGGAGCAAUGGUGAGCCCUUGUCCGCAGCCGCACCCGCACCCGCACCCGCUGACAUUGAGCUGCAGAAAUGCAAUGAGCAGCUACGCGAUGAAUAUUAUUUGAAAACAAUUGCUCAAGGCUUUAGCAUAUUGGCAUUGGAUGAGCAGGGGCAAAUAGUUGGACAGCAGUUGGCUGAAGCUGUAGGCCCAAAUUAUUUGGAUAUAUAUCGGAAAUGCCACAGUUUGGAGCAAAACUAUUAUGUGGCCAUGCGCAAAUUGUUGCAUCAUACGCUGAAGGAAUCGCAAAUCUUUGAGCGCUAUGCCGGCUACAAAAUGCUGUACACGCGAGCCAGUGCGGUCAGGAGUGACAUGCGUGGCCAGGGCCUGGGCAAACGUCUGUUGGCCACCACCAUUGAGAUUGCCAAGCAGCAUAAUUUCGAGCUACUGGCAUCGGCUUGCUCCAGUUAUUAUUCGGCAAAGCUGCGUCUAAGCUUGGGCAUGCAGUGCAUCUAUGCAUUGGCCUACAAGGACUACAAAGAUGAGCAGGGCGUGGUGCCUUUUCAGCCGUCUGAGCCGCACACACAUUCGCAAGUGUUUGUAUUGCAACUUAAAUUAUAA